AUGAAAUAUGACCAAAGUAUAAAAAAUAACAAGAAUGUUUUAAAUUUACAAAUUGAAGAAAAAGGCAAAGAUGAAUUUGAAAAAGAAGUAAAAAAUGAACAAAAAAGUGAAUUGAAAAAUAAAGAAGGUGAUAACUCUUUAGUUCAUUCAAAUUAUGAUAAUUCGCAAUUAAAACAAAAUUUAGGAAAUAUGCUAGGUUUGUAUUAUUCAAGUGAAGAAGAAAGCGAAGUAAAUAUUGAAGAGAAGGAUCAAAUAAUAAACGAAAAUUAUAGUAAUAGUAUUGAUGAAACUAGUUACAAAAACAUAACUGAAGAAAAAAUUAGAGAAAAUAAAAAUGAAAUGAAACUUUUAAAAAAAAUUAAAGAUGAAAAUAAAAAAAUAAGUGAAAUUAUAAAUGAAAAAAAACUAGAUGAUAAAGACGAAAUAGCAAGCAAAACUAUAAAUGAAAAAAAAACUAAUAAUGAAAGAGUAAAUAAAGGCGAAAUCAAAAAUGAAAUAAAAGUUAAUGAUAAAAAAGAAGAUAUAAAAAAUUGUAACAGUUUAGAAAAGGGUGCAAUUGAAGAUGAUAACAUAAAAAAAUAUAUCACUGAAAAUAAAAGCUUAAUCAAGAGUGAGAGUAAAGUAGAUGAAAAAUAUCAAAAAAAAUGUGGCAAAUUUAUUGAUGAUAUAAAUGUAGGUAUUAUAAAUGAAGAAAAUAAUAUUUUACAUAAUCAAAAAAAUUUACUUAGUGGUGAAUAUAAUAAUUUACCAAGUUAUAAUUCCAAUAAUAUGUAUGUGAACUACCCAUAUAAUACAUAUGAAAAUAAUAAUUAUCAAUACAGAAAUUUUAAUUAUAUGCCUUUUAGCUAUAAUAUAAAUAAUAGCUCAAUGCUAUAUACAAAUAAUUUAAACACAACUAAUGAAUCUGAAAAUUUUUAUAAUAAUAUGGUAUUUUCUAAAAAAAAAAAACUAAACGUAGAUUUAGCAAAUAUUCCUGUAAUAAGCCAAAGUAAAAUACUAAGUGAAUGGAAACCUAAUAUUAUACAAGAAGAAAAAAAAAGUAAAAAAUAUAACAUAAAGACAAAGGUUUAUAAUCCAGUUAAUAAUACAUUUGACAAAGUAAUUAUUCAUGGGAAAAACCAAAAACGAAAACAUCAAAUAAAUUGGUUAGCUAAAGAAGCAAUUGAAAAAGAAUAUGAAAUUUUACAAAAAACAAAUUACAAUAAAAGAAGAACAACGAAUGAUAAGUAUGGAUGGUAA